AUGGUCGCAGGCGAGCUGCAGUGUCUGCUGUCAACCAGUGACGACGCGGACGUGCCCUUGGGCAUGCGCAACAUAACCGUAACGACUCGAGAACGACCGCCCAGUCGACGCGGCAGCUGCCCUCGGUCCUACGCGUCACUGCGCAGUGACGUCUGGACGCUGCUGCACUACCGCACGUCGCUGAAACAGCGGUCGGGACUGCACCGCGCGUCGUACCUCUUGGAAAUUGGCGUGCUCGUGCUUAUUACGCUCAAUGUGGUGCUGGCCAUGUACGUGUCGGCGUCACCGCUCGGUCCUGCGAUGACGUCUUCGGAUUGGUACGAGAUUUUCCUGUACGUGUCGACGGCGCUCUUUACCGUCGAGUACGUGCUCCGUCUCUGGUCGUGUAUUGAGGACGACCGGUAUACGCAUCCCGUGUGUGGCAGGUUGAAGUGGAUGACUCGGCCAAUGUCGAUCAUUGACCUGGUGGUGCUCGUCCCAUUUUAUCUGGAGAUUUUGCUCGAGCAGGAGGGAGCAGUGUCGUCACGUGGCGUCUUGACUCUGCGAGGCUUCCGGCUCUUGCGGAUCAUGUCGUUCUUGCAUCUUGAACGCUCGUACCAGGCGAUGAAAAAUCUACGCGAGAUCUUCGCGCUGAAGAAAGAAGAGCUUGGCGUCGUCAGCUAUCUCACCAUUGUCAUCGUGUUGACGUCCUCUACGACUAUCUUCUUUCUUGAGAAUCCAGCUCAACCGAAGGUGUUUUCGAGCAUUGGUACAUGCUCUUGGUGGGCCAUCGAGACCAUCACGUCUCUAGGGUAUGGUGACAUUGUGCCGAUCACUGCUGCGGGGCGAGCUUUCUCGUCCUUGCUAGCUCUCUGGGGCAUCAUUUUGUUCACCAUUCCUGGUGCUAUCCUCGGAAGUGGCUUCAUCGAAGUUAUGCUUAAGAAACAGGAAAAGAAGAGCGAGCACGCGCUGGAAGAGUCGAUCCGAAUAUCGCUGACAAGAGCAUUCAGUAACACGGCGUUUACAGACUUGGAUUCGCCAGGGACGACACAGACAAUUUCAGUCCCGGCGUCAGCUUUUCCCACGCCUUCUGCCUCCUCUUCGUUCUCCUCUCCAGCGCAUCCGAUUAAAUGCCUUCAAGAUCAAGUCAAUCGACUCACCACCACGCAGCUUCAGCUCCAAGUGCAACUGAGCCGCCAGGAAAGUCAAUUGCAGACGAUCAUGGCACUGCUGGAGAAAUCGCUUGCGCAGUCGCGACCAACUGCUCGAACGUAG